CACACACACACACACACACACACAAUGCUGUCAUAACUCUGAAAGAGAGAAAUAUAGAGAUUGAGUUUCAUAAACACUCCAUCCAUCUCCUUGACAACCGUACUUCCACCGUGGUACUCUACACACGCCGCCUCCAACAGACCCAGCUUGUUAUGGCCUUUGCAUCUGUUUGUUAGAGUAAUGUUAGUGUGUGUGUGUGUGUGUGUGUGUGUGUGUGUGUGUGUGUUUGUAUGUAUGUCUGUAUGACCAUGUUCACAGCUGCAGACUUUACAGUAGAUCAGCAUAUUGUGGUGUAAACUAAAACACUGGCGCUGGACCUGAGGUUACCUGAAUUAUUCCUUCACAUGGGGGGAAAAUGGCCGUGGGGGGGGGAAAUUUUACGUUGCAAUCAAAGAGCUGUGGGGUUUCCCCCUGCACGCUUGUUCACAUUAUUUAAUCAGGACCGGAGCGGUUUUAAAAAAGUCCUCCUGGCUCCAUAUGAAGGCAGCGUUUGUGUUGGAGGCUGGCGAGGCUGGUGAGACUGGAGUCGGGGCAGAACAGCUGUCUGUGUGUACUUUACGAGCUGGUCGUGUUUGUUCUGUAGACACAGGAGAGGUCAGAGGGGUGUCAGCUUUGUCUUCUGUCCCCCUCUAUGGCCGUGUGUAUGUGUGUAUGUGUGUGUGUGUGUGUGUGUCCAGCAGAGGGAGAGAGAGGUCAGGUGGGUGAGGCAAAGGGAGUAACAACCCAGUGUGGACAGGUGGAGGAUUCUCACUAUGGGAACUACACCUUUUUCUCAGUCUCACUCUGAGUAAUUGUGUCUGCUUAUCUGAUAUAUUUGUGUAUUUAUUAAGUGUUUGUUUACAUUAAUAAACAUUACUGUAAAUGCAGGCAAACGUUUAUUUUUAAUCUCUAGUACAGCUGAAAUGAUUAGUCGAUUAAUUAACCCUGUUGAUUGACAGGAAAUUGAUCUGCAACCAUUUUAAAUAUCUAUCUGUCUUUAAUGAAGUGCAAGAAUGUGCUGCUUUCUGCUAGUUGAAUACCUUUCGGUUUUUGACUGCUGCUCAGGCAAACUUGAUGGGUAUUUUUCAGUAUUUUUUGUCAUUUUAUAGUUUCAUUAUUAAUCCAUUAAUCCAAAUAUUAUUUGCGGUCUAAUUUCCAUGAGCAUACUCAGACAGAGAUAGUCAUCUUAAAAGGAAUACAAAAGGUUGAAACUGCCUGUUAAAUAAGAUAUAAACAUGCAGCAAUAAUUAAAAUAUGAAUAUUAAUGUUGUUUAUAUGUACUAUACACAGUAGGAUUACUCAUUAUCAGGUUCUAAUUUACAGAAGCAUAUACACAGAGUAAUAAAAAGGGAACAUUAUGGCAGCGAUAAUAAUAAUAUUUAGUCUGUCCAUCUUCACAUCAACCCACCCACAUGGCUAUGACAAUACAACACAAAGACAACAAUACACGUUACAAGCAUUAACUGGCUCCUGUUCACAUGCAGACAGAUAUACUAUUUAGUUUUAGUUCAGUUCUCUGAAAUCUGUUCUUGCAUUUCUUUUUUCCCAAAUGUGGGAUAAAGUAAAUAAAGUCUUCAGUCUCGUGGACUCAAUUGUGCUCUCCUUGUUGUCCUCGUCGUCCUGUUAUGAGGAAACAGCGGCACCCACGGGCAGACAGCGGGACUCAGUUGUAUUUCUCUCAGCUCUUGUUUUCUGAUUUCACCGCUGUGCCACCUGAAAUAAUUAGUUUCAGGCUGCCCUCCUCAAGUCAAACAUUCACAUAAUUCAUAUUAUUUAUAUAUUUUUCAAUGCAUGUCAUUGUAAAAAGGCCCAGUGUAACCCAUAAUCACGGAUUAAUAUGCGUCCAUUUCGUUUUUGUAAUAUACUGCAAAAUAUUAGCCUACAGUGGCAUCAUUUUGUAUCCAAUGUGGGAUAUUUGUAGGCUACAAUUUGGAUCAGCUUCAAUUUAGAAAGGAUUCCUGUACAUAGCUGCCAACCCGCGCCUUUGAUGGUGAGAGGGACAGAGGGAGAGAGAGAGAGAGAGAGAGAGAGAGAGAGAGAGAGAGAGAGAGAGGUUAGGAGCUCCAGAUGGUGUUUAAACGCAGACAGAAGGCUACAGCGAGGACAGAGAUAGGAGGAGGAGGAGAGAGCCGCGGUUACUGAGUACAGUGAGCUCGUCAGCUCAGCUCAUCAGUGAAGAACAAAACAAGUCUGAAAAAAACCCAAAUUGUGAAUUGACGGGAAAAGACACUGUCAAUUAUGAUCAGCUGACUGUGAGUGUUUUUUUUUUUCCUGCGGGAGAAGUGGAUCUCUUUCAAACACCAUCGGAAGACAGGUCGGCGGAGGAUCGGCGCGUCGGCGGAGGAGAAGGACCGUACAGAGAAACGUGGUAGUAGAGUAGCCGCUCACAGGCUGCAAAGAAACGGUGUUUUCAAAGGAAAGAAAGGAACAGAAUAUAUCCCGCCGGAUGUAUAAGGACUUGUUCCUGACACCACGGACUGUGGCUGGGCUGUGAACUAAGAAGGCUUUAAAGUUGUCACAGGAGGAAUAACAGUCGCACCCUGCAGACAAGAGGAUCCGCAUCUUAAUCAUUUGCGUUUUUUCAUGGGAUACGCGAGGAUUGGUGGACAAAGUAGAAACCGGUUGAUACUUUUUUUGCCUGCUUAGAAACGACCAGAAAGCACGUUUUUGCAGUUGAAACUGUAUUUUUUUUAAUAUGAUUUUAUUUAUUCUACGUGGGGUGGUUAAAAUGAGCAAGAGAGCGGAUUUACAUGACUGGGACAAGUUGUGAUUCUUUUUUGUCACCGUCGACACAAGAAGCUGUUUGCUUUAAAACACACACAGUUACUGCAAAACCAAAGACAUCAAUGUGCUUAAGGAUCCAAGAGACCUGGCGAGAGAAAUACCUCAUAAUUUAUUAUACCUGGGAAGUCAAAGCCCCUUUUGACCUCCCAAAGGAAAGUUAAACAUUUGUGUGCGUGUAUGUGUGUGUUGGACUGUGGCUUCUGCCUCUUUUUCCUCUCAAUAUUUAAAAACAAAAACAAAAAAGGAAUAACACCUGAACUAUCUAGCAACUAUUCCCGCACUAUCUAGCCAAGGCUUUAUCAUUUUUCCCAAAUAAUGAGGAUUGAGAUGAUAUACAACCUGUUUUAGAAGCUAUCUGGUGUGGAUGAUCACCGCUACAAUUACCUCAGCUUGACCUCGACCUUCACCAAGUAGCAGAGUGCAGAAGGUUGGAACGAUGCCAGAUUCACCUGCGGAUGUGAAAACCCAGCCCAGGUCCACCCCACCCAACAUGCCUCCUCCACCCCCGGCUGUCAGCCAAGCAACCAAUCGCAAUGCUUCAUUCACCCCGGCUACCAGUAAAUCAAUGCUGAAUGGGAGCAGCCACUCUCCUACAUCGCUGAACGGUGCUCCGUCCACUCCCAACGGCUUCAGUAAUGGGCCGGCAAUGUCGUCGACGGCCUCGCUUUCCAACCAGCAGCUCCCGCCAGCUUGUGGUGCCCGGCAACUCUGCAAACUGAAGCGCUUCCUGACCACGCUGCAGCAGUUUGGCAACGACAUAUCGCCUGAGAUUGGGGAGAGAGUGCGCAGCCUUGUGCUGGGGCUGGUGAACUCCACUCUCACCAUCGAAGAGUUUCACUCCAAACUUCACGAGGCCACCAACUUCCCUCUGAGGCCGUUUGUCAUUCCCUUCCUGAAGGCAAACCUCCCCCUGCUGCAGAGAGAGUUGCUCCACUGUGCCAGGUUGGCCAAGCAGACUCCAGCCCAGUAUCUGGCCCAACACGAGCAGCUUCUCCUGGACGCCAAUGCUAGUUCGCCCCUCGACUCCUCUGAGAUCAUGCUGGAGAUGAAUGACCACGGCAAGAGAAGGACCCCUGACAGGACCAAAGACAGCUCAGAGAGAGAUGGGUUGCACCCGGAGCACAUGGCUAAGAGGCCGUGCACCAUCAGCCCCAGUCAACGCUUCAGCCCCAGCACGGGUCUUCCUGCUCACCCGCCACCCAACGGCCUCCCCACACACCCUCCCAACGGCCUCCCCACACACCCUCCCAACGGCCUGCCCCACCCACCCAACCCCCAAGUGGGACCCCAACAUUAUCGCUUAGAAGACAUGGCCCUGGCGCACCAAUACAGAGACGCUUACAGACACAAUGAACACCGCGACGCCCGGGACAGGCUCCGGCAGACGGCUGUGCAUGGAGCGCGCCAAGAGGAGGUGAUUGACCAUCGUCUUACAGAUCGAGAGUGGGCAGAGGAAUGGAAGCACCUAGAUAAUCUCCUGAACUGCAUCAUGGACAUGGUGGAGAAGACGCGCCGCUCUCUGACAGUGCUGCGCCGCUGCCAGGAGGCUGACCGGGAGGAAAUGAAUCACUGGAUUCGGCGCUAUAGCGACGUGGAGGAGAUGAAAAAAGGUGGGAGCAACGGACAGCACUGCCUUCCUCCUCCUCCUCUUCCUCCUCCUACUCCUCACCACAACUCCUCCUCCAACACAGCUAGCAGCAGCGAGUCACUGCCCGUAGGAACUUCCUCGGCUGCUGAAAGGCAGACAGGCAGACAGACAGAGAUCCACAGAGACUUCUUACACAGGCCUCCCUCAGGAUACCUGCCAGAAGAAAUCUGGAGGAAAGCUGGUACUACAAGCAUCCCGCUCUCCCCAGCACUAAAGCACCUCCAAAACAGACAGGAGGAGGCAGUGAAUGAGGUUAAGCGACAGGCAAUGUCAGAGCUGCAGAAGGCGGUGUCAGACGCUGAGCGGAAAGCCCAUGAGAUGAUUUCAGCCGAACGCUCUAAAAUGGAGAGGGCGCUGGCCGAGGCCAAGAGGCAAGCCUCUGAGGACGCACUAACAGUAAUCAACCAGCAGGAGGACUCCAGUGAAUCUCAACAGAGCUGCUGGAACUGUGGGAGGAAAGCCAGUGAGACGUGCAGCGGCUGCAACACGGCUCGCUACUGCGGCUCCUUCUGCCAACACAAAGACUGGGAGAAGCACCACCAUGUCUGUGGUCAAGGCCUGCAGGGGAUGCCAGGGGGCAGCAGUGUCCCUCUAGGCCCCCCCUCCUCCUCCUCAGCGUCCUCCAGUGCGCCCCCCACCCACUCGGAGAGCACUCCUCCAGGAGCCUUGUCCUUGGCCGGCCAGAGCAGCAUUGCGGGAGGGGCUGGCAGCGGCAGUGGAAGUGUCUCUGCCAGCCCCAAGGAGAGCAGUUCCAGCAGUGCCUCUCGCUCCACAACUCCAGCUACCCCCGCCCUACUGGAUGCCACCUCUCGUUGACGUCGGACCCUUGUCCCUUCCCUGCAUACUGAUGCGACAGUGCCCACACUCCACACAAAACCAAACUGAGGAAGUUCAUUGCACGCCGCUCAAUUUCCUCCUCCCCUAUUUCAGUCCUUAUUUCCCUCUUAUCCUAAGCUCUUCUGAAAAUCGUCUCACUACCUGAUGAUAGACUGACUCAACUGGUCACCUCCCCCCAAAAACACUUUUUCUGUUUUUGUCUCUUUUACAACCACAGCCACAAAUACAAAGAUUCCAGCCUGGGGUUCAGUGUAGCGGAAAGCAUGAAAAGUGUCUUCUAUCUCUGUGUUCAGUCACAGAAACAUAUCACAUGUGUUUUGCUGAAAACAUGAGCUUUGACUUGAAGAUGUGGCUAAGAUGUGUCCUCAGUAAUGUAAGCAUGUUAAAUAUUGUCUGCAUGAGGACACAAGACAAGGGCUGUGGUAGGAAACAGUGAUGGUGGGGGUGGGG